AAGCCAUGUUGGAAACAAUAGAUACUCACCGGGCCCUCCAGGCAGUGGAGCGUCUACAAGCGAAACUGCGGGAACGGGGUGAUAUGGCAAAUGAGGAAAAAUUGAGUUUGCUGAAAUCAGUGCUGCAAAGCCCUUUGUUCAACCAAAUCCUGAAUCUUCAGGCUUCACUUCCACAGCCAAGAGAUCAGGUAAACAUUGCACCUUCAGUGCCCUCAUCUGGUGAACUCCUGCAGCUUCCCCAUCAUAGUACUAUUGUGGGUUCUUCACUCCAUAAUGAAUCCUAUCUGUUGGCUCAGCAGAAUGGCAACCUUUCUAGUGGGCCAGGAGUAGCUGCACGGUCCACCACCCCUCAGAUUAAUGGGAAGUCCUCUAGUGAUGAAUUUGAAUUAUUGAUCAGAAAUAUGGCGCAGGGCCGCCUUGUUGAGACUAUAGAGCUUGUGAAACCUCCAAGUGGUGGCCUAGGCUUUAGUGUCGUUGGCCUGAAAAGUGAAUACAGAGGUGAACUGGGCAUAUUUGUGCAGGAGAUUCAAGAGGGGAAUGUGGCACACAGAGAUGGAAGGCUGCAGGAAGCAGAUCAAAUUCUUGCUAUAAACAGGCAAGCCCUUGAUCAAACAAUUACACAUCAACAGGCUAUUGGCAUCCUACAGAAAGCAAAAGAUAGUGUCCAGCUGGUUGUGGCUAGGGGCUCUUUGCCUCAGCUCAUCAAUCCUGUUGUUUCUCGGUCUCCGUCAGUUGCUAGCACAAUCUCAGCCCACUCCAAUCAGGUUCACUGGCAGCAUGUAGAGACCAUUGAGUUGGUGAAUGAUGGAUCAGGUCUGGGAUUUGGGAUAGUUGGCGGAAAAUCAACUGGAGUGAUAGUUAAAACUAUCCUUCCAGGAGGAAUAGCUGAUCAGCAUGGUAGGCUCUGCAGUGGAGACCACAUCUUGAAAAUCGGUGAUACAGACUUGGCUGGAAUGAGCAGUGAGCAAGUAGCACAAGUCCUGAGACAGUGCGGGAACAGAGUGAAGUUGGUUAUAGCCAGAGGUCCAGUAGAGGAGCCAGUGCCACCAGCAGUCCCUCCAGGCACCCCAGUACAAACUUGCAUGCCAGAUAACCAGAGAGAAGAAGAGACAAAUGUUGGAAACGACACAGAUGGAACCACAUUUGAUGUGGAGCUUACAAAAAACAUCCAAGGAUUAGGGAUAACUAUUGCUGGCUACAUUGGAGACAAAAUCUCAGAACCUUCUGGCAUUUUUGUAAAGAGUAUCACAAAAGGCAGCGCAGUUGAACAUGAUGGCAGAAUCCAUAUUGGAGAUCAAAUUAUAGCGGUGGAUGGAACAAAUCUUCAGGGUUUUACUAACCAGCAAGCUGUGGAAGUUCUGCGGCACACUGGCCAAACAGUCCGGCUCACAUUGAUUAGAAGAGGCCUUAAGCAGGAAAAUCACAUCCCGCCCCAUGAGGACUUCAGUGCUGCUGCUGAAAAGGAUUUAAUUUUCCAAACUAUGGAUAUUGGCAAAGGAAAAGAAAGCUAUGAGAGAGAGAAAGAAGCUCCAUUAUUGACAUGCAGUACCAGUGUGGUUCACAUUGGAGAAGAUGUUAGUCCACAGCAAUCAGGUUUUCAGCUAUUUUCCACAGAAGAAGAAGAGGCAUUGCAGAACAAGUGGCAGAGGAUUGUAGGGACAAAUUAUGAGGUUGUGGUAGCUCAUGUGAACAAGUUUAGUGAAAGCAGCGGACUAGGGAUAAGCUUAGAAGCAACAGUGGGACAUCACUUUAUUCGAUCUGUUUUGCCAGAAGGACCAGUUGGACGAUGUAGCAAGCUGUUUAGCGGAGAUGAAUUACUGGAAGUAAAUGGAAUAUCUUUGCUUGGAGAAAAUCACAAGGAUGUUGUAAAUAUUUUAAAAGAACUUCCCAUCAAGGUAACAAUGGUGUGUUGCCGUGCAGCUGCUCCACCUAUUAGUCAGUCCAUAUUGGAUGAAUCUCAGAUGACAGAGCAGCCUCACAUAGAUCUUGGUGGACUACUUGGUUCGUCAGAGACAGAUGAUGUUGAUUUGGAAAUGGCUAAUAUAGGCCAGAACACUGAUGAUGCUCAGGGAUCUUCUUUGGCAAUGUGGGAAACUGAAAUACAGCAAAUUGAGCUAGAGAAAGGGAGCAUGGGACUUGGCUUUAGCAUAUUGGAUUACCAGGACCCAGUGGACCCUGCCAACACAGUGAUUGUGAUCCGCUCCCUUGUUCCUGGGGGAAUUGCUGAACAGGAUGGCAGGCUCCUUCCAGGAGACAGGCUCAUGUUUGUUAAUGACAUCAACUUGGAAAACGGCAGCUUGGAGGAAGCUGUGCAAGCACUGAAAGGAGCACCUGUGGGAACAGUUAGAAUAGGAGUCGCUAAGCCAUUGCCUCUUUCACCAGAAGAGGGCUGUGUUCCUGCUAAGGAAGAUUCCUUUUUCUACACUGCCGAGUCCUUUGAGGUGGAAGGGCAAGCUGAUUCAGCCCUCUUCCAUGCUGAGCUGGCUCUGGUGGAUUCAAGUGAAGCAGAUCUAGCAGAGGAAUCCACCUUUGAGUCAAAGUAUUCCCCGGACAAUGCUGGUACCUUCCAGUCUUCAGUUUCAACUCUGCAUGGCAGCAACUACUCAGAUGACCUGAACUAUAACCUCCCACUACCCUCUUCAACUCCCAAGUGUAUUGGCGUAGACUCUUCAGAUGCUUCAAUCGCUUACAGAUUAUCUGACCCAAAUCUGUACAACAUGGAUGUGAUACAGAGAGGGGGAGAGAGCAAAUCCUCUGCAGAAGUAUGUAUGGAACAGCCUGAAGGGUUAACAAGAAAAGAUCCAACAGUACAUGCAUCUAAGAAACUAGUUGAAUAUGAAAACACAAGCGCUUGGGGAGAGCCUCUGCUGACAGCUGAAGUCACACAGAAUGCAAACUUAACGUCCACGUUGCCUCAUGAUUAUUCUGGAAAAGUAAGAGUUUCACUGUACUUUAAUGGUAGGUGUUCAACAACCCUAAGUACAAGUAAAAACAAAUUUGAAAAGACUAUUACUAUUGCAAAGGGCAAUUCAAGUCUAGGGAUGACUGUAAGUUCCAAUAAAGAUGGCUCUGGAAUAAUAGUCCGCAGCAUUAUCCAUGGCGGUUCUAUAAGUCGUGAUGGACGGAUUGGUGUAGGAGACUGUAUACUGUCUAUUAAUGAAGAACCUACCACUAAUUUAACAAAUGCGCAGGCACGGGCCAUACUGAGAAGACAUUCUCUCAUUGGACCAGAUAUAAACAUUACGUAUGUUCCAGCAGAGCAAUUAGAAGAGUACCAGGCCAGCUUAGGGGAGCAGCCAGAAAGGAUAUUACAACUAGACAUUUUUCCUUCUCACACUGUCAGCAGAGAAAUCCCAGAACUACCUGAACGGGAAGAAGGAGAAGGAGAAGAAAGCGAACUUCAGAAUGCUGGCUACAGUAAUUGGAGCCAGCCAAGGCGGGUGGAACUCUGGAGAGAACCCAGUAAGUCCCUGGGCAUCAGCAUUGUUGGUGGACGGGGAAUGGGAAGCCGUCUGAGCAGUGGUGAAGUUAUGAGAGGAAUCUUUAUCAAACAUAUUCUUGAAGAUAGCCCUGCUGGCAAAAACGGAACCUUAAAAACAGGAGAUAGAAUAGUGGAGGUGGACGGGAUUAACCUCAGAGAUGCAAGCCACGAACAAGCUGUGGAAGCCAUACGGAGAGCAGGCAACCCAGUAAUCUUUCUGGUACAAAGCAUUAUAAACAGACCAAGGCCAGAAUCUCUCUAUAGCUCUUUAUCGUCCUCUGCUCCCAUUGGGCAGAAACCUAAUAAUCCAUUUUACCAUCAGCCAUCACAGAACUUCCCUAUGCCUUACCUGCAGUACAAUCCUUUCAGUAAGCCUCCUGCCUACAGCAGCACUAACCCUUUUGUUGAUCCUCUUCAAUUCAACACUGACAAGGAUAUGCAGAAUACAGUUAGAUUUACCUCCAGUUGCUCACCAUGUAACCCCUUUGCUCCUACACCAUUUAAGGCAUCCAGCCAGUCAGAUUCAGAGCCAGAAAAGACUUCAUCUUGUAACUUGCUGUUGCCUCCUUCUUCAGCAUCUCCAGGAAUGAGAGUUGAAGAUGUACAGCAAUCCUGCAGCAAAAACCUGGAAGAUUUGGAAGAUGAGUUUGGAUACAGCUGGAAAAAGAUCACUGAGCGUUAUGGGAACCUGCUGGGAGAUCUGCACAUGAUAGAGUUGGAAAAGGGGAAAACUGGCUUAGGACUCAGCCUGGCUGGGAACAAAGACCGAUCCAAGAUGAGUGUUUUUGUAGUGGGAAUUGAUCCAAAUGGAGCAGCUGGAAAAGAUGGCAGGCUGCAGAUUGCAGAUGAGUUACUGGAAAUAAAUGGACAUGUUCUCUAUGGAAGGACUCACCAGAACGCAUCUUCAAUAAUUAAAUGUGCACCUUCUAAAGUAAAACUCAUAUUUGUGAGAAACAAAGAUGCUGUCAAUCAGAUGGCAGUUUGUCCUGGGAAAUCAGUAGAGGCUUCUUGUGGAACACCUCAACCUGAAGAGGAUGAAGUGAAUAUUCGGUGCUCUAGUUUACCUAUAGAUUUGAGUUUAUAUACAAAUAUUCAGGAUAUAGAACUACCUAAGGAUCAAGGCAUAGGUAUUGCCAUCAGUGAAGAAGACACAAUAAAUGGCGUGGUUGUCAAAAGUUUAACAGAAUAUGAUGGAGCUGCAAAGGAUGGCCGAAUUAAGAUUGGAGAUCAGAUCCUGGCAGUGGAUGAUGAAGUUGUUGUGGGAUAUCCUAUAGAAAAGUUUAUCAGUUUACUGAAGACACCGAAGGCCUCUGUGAAACUUACAAUCAAUUCAGUAGAAGAGGAGAGUCAGCCAGCUGCCAAGCCACAAACACCGAUUUACCACACUGAUUUGGGUGAGAGACUUAUCCAACAACCAGCAAGCAUUCCAACUUCUGAUUCACCAGAACCAGAAUCAGUUAAAAAUACAAGCAGGUCCUCAACUCCAGCCACAUUGGCCUCUGACCCAGCUACUUGCCCAAUUAUCCCAGGCUGUGAAACUACAAUUGAUAUCUCCAAGGGACGUACAGGUCUUGGCUUGAGCAUUGUGGGAGGAGCUGACACUUUGCUGGGAGCAAUUAUUAUUCAUGAAGUGUAUGAAGAAGGUGCAGCAUCAAAAGAUGGAAGACUCUGGGCUGGUGAUCAGAUCUUGGAGGUGAAUGGAAUUGACCUAAGGAAUGCAACACAUGAUGAAGCCAUAAAUGUUCUCAGACAGACACCUCAAAAAGUCCAACUAACUGUUUACAGGGACGAAGCUCAGUAUAAGGAAGAAGACAUGUAUGACGUGCUUAGCAUAGAGCUACAAAAGAAGCCAGGCAAAGGUCUUGGUUUAAGUAUUGUUGGGAAAAGAAAUGACACUGGAGUGUUUGUGUCAGACAUUGUCAAGGAAGGAAUAGCAGACUUGGAUGGGAGAUUGAUGCAAGGAGACCAGAUAUUAAUGGUGAAUGGAGAAGAUGUUCGAAAUGCUAAUCAGGAAGCUGUUGCUGCUUUGUUAAAGUGCUCAUUAGGUACAGUCAGACUAGAAGUUGGAAGAAUAAAGGCAGGCCCGUUCCAUUCGGAGAGGAGAACGUCUCAGAGCAGCCAGGUCAGUGAGGGAAGUGGCAGCCUCUCCUCAUUCAGUUUUCCAGGUUCUGGAUCCAACCCAUGUGAAAGUUAUGAAAGCACUCUGAAGAAGAAUUUAUUGGCAUCUGAAAUACAAGGACUAAGGACAGUUGAAAUAAAAAAGGGCCCUUCAGACUCCUUGGGAAUUAGCAUUGCUGGAGGAGUAGAAAGCCCUCUUGGUGAUGUUCCUAUCUUCAUAGCAAUGAUGCACCCAAAUGGAGUUGCAGCCCAGACUCAGAAACUGAGGGUUGGGGAUAGGAUUGUUAGCAUUUCUGGAACAUCCACAGAAGGCAUGACUCAUUCCCAGGCUGUCAGCUUGCUAAAAAAUACUUUGGGCACUAUUGAAAUACAGGUGGUAGCUGGUGGAGAUGUCAGUGUCAUAACUGGCCAGCAGCAAGAUCCACCACCUUCUAGUCUUUCAUUUGCUGGACUGACAUCAAGCAACAGCUUCCAGGAUGAUUUGGGGCCUCCGCAGUAUAAAACCAUCACUCUGGAUCGAGGACCUGAUGGGUUGGGCUUUAGUAUUGUGGGAGGUUAUGGAAGCCCUCAUGGGGAUCUGCCCAUUUAUGUUAAGACAGUAUUUGCAAAGGGUGCAGCAGCAGAAGAUGGACGUCUGAAGAGAGGGGAUCAGAUCAUUGCUGUCAAUGGGCAGAGUUUGGAAGGGGUCACUCAUGAAGAAGCUGUGGCUAUUCUAAAAAGGACAAAAGGAACUGUCACGCUCACUGUUCUCUCCUGAACUCUCUAUCCAAAGAUUUAGGG